UAUCACCGGCUCGUACUUUCUUUAAACUCGGGCGACUUCCUCAGCUCAACGGUAUUACUCGUCCUCUGCUUUGUGUGCGUAUGUACAGUUACAGGCGGAUUGUUCUCCGCCCCACGCACUUUCACGAAACUAAACACGGGGACAUCGGAGGCUGCGUUUACAACCUGUGGUUCAGCGGCCCACCGACCAGCCAGUGUGUCAUCCAUUGAGCUGUCAGAGCUCUGUUGCAGGGGAUCUACCGUGUGGCUGGUGGUGACACAUACGAAGAUGGAGGAGUUGAAAAUGAGCGUUGCUACUCUCGGCGAAGACGUCUUCAUCAGAUUGUCAAAGAUGUUGGACAACUCCACCUGCGGAUGGAGGCAGCUGGCGAAGGCGACGUCCGAGCAUCCGAAUUUCCGCUGCAGUGAAAAGGAGCUGACCAGCUGCUCACUCCAGGUCCUGAGCGCUGCAGGUAGCCCGGCACGCACGCUCCUGGCUCGGCUGGCCGAUCGCUCCUGCUCCCUUGACUUUCUUCUCCACUGCCUGAGGAAGAUUGGCCACCAGGAAGCUGUGCAAUUCCUCACCACCAUGGUGUCAGAGCGGAUCCAGAUCAGAAUGCAGCCGCAGUCCCAGCAGGCCACGUUGGGGAGCAGGGUGGUCCUGACCUGCAGAGCCUCUGGUCCCCCUGGACUCACAUACCAGUGGUUCAGAGGCAAAGAGGAGAUUUUGGACGAGGCGGGCAGAUCGCCAGAGCUGGUUCUGUGUCCUUUAGGCCCAGCCCACCAGGGUCAUUAUAUCUGUAGGAUCAACCACGGGGAAAACUGUAUCUUCUCCCAAUGGGCUAAUGUUCGCUUGAUUCGCUCUACGGGCUCUAGUCCAGGCUGCAGCAGCACUCUGUUUCCAGGCUCGGUGAGUGGGCUGCAGAUCAUCUGUCAACCCCAGUCUCAAGCAGUGUCUGAGGGCGACACUCUGGUCCUCAAGUGCACUACAGAGGCCAACCCCCCCGCCCAGUAUGAAUGGUACCACAACUCAGUGCCCGUGCCACAACAUAAGACAUGUUUGCUCAAAAUCCCGUGUGUGACCACAGCACACAGAGGAGAGUACAAAUGCAAGGUGUUCAAUUUGUAUCAUGAGGUGUGGAGCGACACUGCUACAAUCUGUAUUGGCCCCAGUUCCAUCACGGAAGCUUCCUGGGUAGAAGUUGAUCGUGGCCUAGAUUCACAGGAAGUUCACAGGUCAACCUCUGGACUAGGAAUAUAUCCGCUGCAACAGAUGGCGUGUCCGCCCCCAUCAGCCAAAAAUUUCUAUGCCACAGACAAAGUUGCUCUCCUGAUUGGCAACAUGAACUACCUCUACCACACUCAGCUGUCCGCUCCUAUUGCCGAUGUCCAUGAGUUGGCCAACCUUCUUAGACAAAUGGACUUCAAGGUGGUUUCACUGCUCGAUCUCAACUGGCAGGAGAUGCACAGUGCAGUUACAGAGUUCCUGUUGCUGCUUGACAAGGGAGUCUAUGGCCUGCUAUAUUUUGCCGGUCAUGGCUAUGAAAACUAUGGCAACAGUUUCAUGGUUCCCAUCGAUGCUCCGUACUCCUACACAUCCGAACACUGCUUAUGUGUUCAGAAUAUACUUACUAGGAUGCAGGAGAAAGAGACUGGACUCAAUGUAUUCCUCCUGGACAUGUGCCGCAAAAGAAAUCUAAAUGAUGAUAUCAUUGUGCAACCUGGAUUGCUGAAGGUGACGGCAAAUAUAGUGUUUGGCUAUGCCACAUGCGCUGACGCAGAAGCAUAUGAGGUGAAGAGGGAAGACGUAUCAAAUGGCAUCUUCAUAAACUUUCUCAAACGGCGCGUUUGUGUAGACGAGAAGGUCACCGUCAUGCUGGACAAAGUCGCUGAAGACAUGGGUCGUUGUCAGAUCACACGAGGGAGACAGGCUCUGGAGCUCCGCAGUAACCUGUCCGAACGACGCUCCCUAACUGACCGGAUACAGACUGCUGACUGCUCGGCUUCCUAUUCAGCUCGAAACCUGCAGUGGGCCGUUGCUCAUGUCCUACCUGUGAGCCAUUACCUUCAGUUUGACUGCGGAGUCAAGGUUCAGCUUGGGUUCGCUGCUGAAUUCUCCAACAUCAUGGUCAUCUACAGUCGUAUACUAGGCAAACCCAAAGAAAUCGUCUCCUGUUCUGCACAGCUCACCGAUUUCCCUAUGGAUGUGGACAUUGAUCUAAAGAAGACCAAUCAGGAGACACUGCUUGAAGCCGGCAGUUUGUUACUGAUCCAGGACAAUCUCCCUUCAUCGGAGGACCCCAGUCUUUACACGCGCAUCCGUAGCCUGCAGAGACUCAGGAGCGAGCUGACUUUCACUGUCUGUCUUCAUUACACCUAUUCCAACAUGGAUGACGAAAUACAAGAGAGGCAAGCAGUGACUGUCGGCAAGCCCCUGGUCUCCAAGCUCAAUCUCCAUGAGCCGCGGCCAUCGCGAGCCUGCUCUGCCUCCUCAUCCCUCAGCGUCGACUCCUUCAACGUUCUAGACUGCUCCUCUUUUGCUGAGGGAUGCACCUCCGUCGGUUCAGCCUCAAAUACCUGGCCUUACUUUGCACAGACUGCCAGCGCAUCUUCCACCACUGACUCUCCGACUUCAUCCAGGAGCGCCAAUAUACCAGAGGAGAAUGACACCCUGGAGUUUUUUGACACCCCUCAGCCUCUUGUUGCCAGCAAAAGCUUGCCCCACAGCCAAGUAAAUGACACACGGUACAAAUUUAGUGACAUGUACAAUUUCAAUUCUUACUGAGCAGUAUGGAACAUAUGAUGCACUCCAGUAAAUCAGUAGAAUGUGUAAUCAUGAAAGUGUCAGAACGUGCCAUUUCUAUAAUGCUGGCCCAGGACCCAGCUCACUGCAUAAGGUUCAAGUAGCUGUUAUAUUUGUCUUAACUAUGCAUUUGAUGUAAUCUGUAAUAUGAACUGCACUGAAAAGUAAUCACACUGCAGAUGAAUGAAUAUGAAAUAAAAUGUAACAAACGUA